UUGGCCCCCACCUCUCUUGUUGUGUUCUCCGGGACUUGCCCGACGCCUCGCCGCGUUCCUCGGCUUCUCCUGGGACUAUUACCUCACCUCGCCACCGACCUCAGGACUGUAGUACAGAGAAUAAGGGCAGCAACGAUGCCUGACUCGCCAGCCGACGUGAAGACACAGUCCCGAUCCACGCCGCCGAAUAUGCCGCCGCCAUCACCAGCCGUCACGCAGGGAGCGACGCGGCACCCCACCUACACGCCAAACCCGAAUCGCGAAGCUGGGCCUCCGAUGUUUCUGCCCCGCGGCCGUUUUCAUGGUUGCUUGAAAUGGUCCAUGGUGUGUCUCUUAAUGAACGGAAACAGCCACUCCCCCACGGCCAUCAACGGAGCACCCUCCACCCCCAAUGGCUUCAGCAACGGGCCCGCAACUUCCUCCACCGCCUCCCUGUCUAACCACCAACUCCCUCCGGCCUGCGGCGCUCGCCAACUCAGCAAACUGAAGCGCUUCCUCACCACUUUGCAACAGUUUGGCAACGACAUCUCUCCUGAGAUCGGGGAGCGUGUCCGCACCCUGGUGUUGGGCCUCGUGAAUUCCACGCUGACCAUUGAGGAAUUUCACUCCAAGCUCCAAGAAGCCACGAACUUUCCUCUGCGUCCCUUCGUCAUCCCGUUCCUGAAGGCCAACUUGCCCUUGCUGCAGCGCGAACUGCUCCACUGUGCCCGCAUGGCCAAGCAGACGCCCGCCCAGUACCUGGCUCAACACGAACAGCUGCUCCUGGACGCCAACGCCUCCUCGCCCAUCGACUCCUCGGAACUGCUGCUGGAGGUCAACGAGGGCGGCAAAAGGAGGACGCCAGACAGGACCAAAGAGAAUGGCUUGGACCGGGACCCUCUGCACCCCGAACACCUCAGCAAAAGGCCGUGCACCAUGAGCCCUGCCCAGCGCUAUAGCCCCAGCAACGGGCUCAGCCACCAGCCCAACGGACUGCCCCACCCCACGCCCCCCCCUCCGCAGCACUACCGCCUUGAGGACAUGGCCAUAGCACACCACUACCGGGACACCUACCGGCACCCGGACCCGCGGGACCUUAGGGAACGCCAUCGGCAAGCCGCCGUGCACAGUUCCCGGCAAGAAGAAGUUAUUGACCACAGGCUAACGGACAGAGAAUGGGCAGAGGAAUGGAAACACCUCAACAAUCUGCUGAACUGCAUCAUGGACAUGGUGGAGAAGACGCGCCGCUCGCUCACCGUGCUGCGUCGCUGCCAGGAGGCCGACCGCGAGGAGCUCAACCACUGGAUCCGCCGCUAUAGCGAUGUCGAAGACAUGAAGAAGGGCUCCAGCCCCACUGCCCGGCCCCACAACAGCACCGGCAGCACCGAGGCCCCCCCUCUAGAUGCUCACCGCGAGUUCGUUUCCAGGCCCCUGUCUGGCUACAUGCCGGAGGAAAUCUGGAGGAAGGCUGAAGAAGCUGUGAACGAGGUCAAGCGGCAGGCCAUGUCUGAGCUGCAGAAGGCCGUGUCGGACGCGGAGCGCAAAGCCCACGAGCUGAUCACGACGGAGCGGGCCAAGAUGGAGCGAGCCCUGGCGGAAGCCAAGCGCCAGGCCUCCGAGGACGCCCUGUCCGUCAUUAACCAGCAGGAGGACUCGAGCGAGAGCUGCUGGAACUGCGGGCGCAAGGCGAGCGAGACGUGCAGUGGGUGCAACACUGCGCGCUACUGCGGCUCCUUCUGCCAGCACAAAGAUUGGGAGAAGCAUCACCACGUCUGUGGGCAGACUCUGCAAGGCCUGCAGGCCUCCUCUGGGGCAGCCUCCUCCGGGGCGGCGGCCAUGGCCGCGGCUUCGGCACAGCCAGACGUGGUGGCCGUGAGCGGCUCCAUCGGCAGCGUCGCCGCGGCAGGAAGCCCGAGCGACUCCAGCUCGGCCGGCGCCUCGCGUUCCGGCACGCCUGCUACGCCCGCUCCGCUGGACACGGCGUCCCGCUAGACAGAAGGGAAAGGAGACCGGGAAACCGACCGUCACUGCUGCUACCACUUCUCUCCAAAUGAAAACAAACAAACUGCAUUCAAUGCAAAUCCUCAGCUACCUGACACGUAUUUGACCUCCAAAACGACCUCUAUCUCUCACACGAAAUCCUCACGAAUUCUCAAAACCUGGGCUUUAAGUGGAGUUAAGGCAAAUACCAACCUUCUCCGUUCACUCGUCAGCUUUUUUUUUUAAUUAUUAUUAUUAAUAUUAUUAUUAACACUUCUUACUGAUAUGAUUUGGGGGAAUUUCUGAUUACGAUUUUUAUUUUUUUGGAUGAGGAAUUUGUCUGCAGGUAUCACACAUCUCGACUUGGGGGCGGGGGAUGGAAAACGAAAAGGUCCUUCCGUCUUUCUUCUGCUGGAGAUGUGUUUGAGAAAAUAAAGGAGUGAAACCCCUUCCCUGAAAGGAGAAGGGGGAGAAGGCGGGGAAGGAAAAAAAAAAGGAUUUCAGUUACAAAAAGCAAGAUUUUUCUUUUUUGUAAAAAAAUAAAAAUAAACAAUAAAAACAUCAAACUCUUUGGCUUUAAGUAAAACAGAAAAGAAAAGAGAAAAUCCAAAAAGAACCCAACAAAACCAAGUGAAGGAAGCUUACCUGUAAACUACCUUGCUAGUUAGCCAAGAAGAUACCAGAUUCACCUCUGCUCCAAAGGAAAUCCAAAAACCGAAAAAAAAAAAUCCAAACUUUUUUUCCACUGCCAAAGUUUCUUUUUUUUGUUUGUUUGUUUAGUUCCUUCUUUCUCUUUCUCCUCGUUUUGGGGGCUUUUAUUUAUUUAUGUUUUUUGCGAACCGAGGAGUCACGUAUCUUCGAUCCAGCACAAGCGACUGCGACGUUCUACUCAAGGGCAGCACAGCUGGUGGAAUUUCAACUCCUUGCGUUCUUGGAUGGGGUGGGAGGGGCUGUCUGCACU